UUUUUAAAUACAUCAACGUCCCACAUCAUCUAGCAUGGGUGCACGAGGCAUUCUGGGCUGCCUCCUCCUGACUGCUUUGCUCAGCUUAUCAAAUGCCGGGCUCGUGAAGAAAAUCCUCCGGCAUCGACGACAGACUCUGGAAUCCCCUAAAAAAGGACAUAACAUCACGCUCCCCAGUGCGGACCGUCCUGUAGUUUUCAACCACGUCUAUAACAUCAAUGUUCCUGCCAGUGCCCUGUGCUCGGAGGAUGUGGACACUCCAGAGAGUACGGACCUCCAUCCUACAAAUGCAGCAGUCGUUUCAGGCCUUCCCGGGACUGAGCACACAGUCAAUGGGGAGAACCAGAUCGUCUUCACCCACCGUAUCAACAUACCACGACGGGCCUGUGGCUGUACUGACGACAUGCCCGGCCUGAAAGAGCUCCUAAGCCGACUGGAAAUGCUCGAGGGAGAAGUUUCAACACUUAGAGAUCAGUGCGGCAGUUCACAGGUCACAGGUAAGUUGGGAACUAAACCCUACUGCAGUGGUCAUGGGAACUACAGCACUGAAACCUGUGGCUGUAUAUGUGAGCCGGGCUGGAAACCACCCAACUGCUCUGAUCCCGAGUGUCCUAAUGACUGCCAGGACCGGGGCCUCUGCGUUGGCGGAAAGUGUGUGUGCUUCAAGGGAUUCACCGGAAAGGACUGCGCACUCGACGACUGCCCUGUGGACUGCGGUACAUACGGCCAGUGUGUGGGAGGUGAAUGCAUCUGCUCCUAUGGUUACUAUGGCGAAGACUGCUCUCAAACCAAGUGCCUCAACAACUGCCAAGGCCGUGGCCGCUGUGAAGACGGAGACUGCGUUUGUGAUGAACCCUGGACUGGCCCUGACUGCUCUGAACUCAUCUGCCCCAAAGCCUGCUAUGACCGUGGACGCUGCGUGAAUGGUACCUGCUACUGCAAUGAGGGGUUCACCGGGGAGGACUGUGGAGAGCACACCUGUCCCAACAACUGCCUCAGUAAUGGUUACUGUGUAGAUGGCAAAUGCGUGUGCGCUGCCGGCUUCAAUGGAGAGGACUGCUCUCGAGUUAUAUGCCUCAACGACUGUAACGACAGAGGUACGUGCUUCAACGGGAUGUGUAUCUGCGAUGCGGGCUAUCAAGGCGCAGACUGCAGCCAGUUAGCAUGCCUCAACAACUGUAACAACAGAGGCCAGUGCAUAAACGGGCAAUGUGACUGCGAUGUUGGUUUCCAGGGAGAUGAUUGCUCUGAGCUUUCCUGUCCAAAUGACUGCCGGCACAGGGGGCGCUGUGUGAACGGCCAGUGUGUGUGCGAGGAGGGCUUUGCUGGUGAGGACUGCAGCAUCAGGACCUGCCCUUCAAACUGCUACGGCCGCGGUGAGUGUAUCAAGGGGCGUUGUGUGUGUCAUUCAGGCUUCACCGGUGAGGACUGUGCUGAGCUUAGCUGCCCUAACAAUUGCCAGAACCGCGGCCGAUGCAUCGAUGGGCAGUGUGUUUGUGAUGAAGGCUUCAGUGGGGAGGCCUGUGGUCAGAAAGCUUGUCCCAACGACUGCCUGGCCCGGGGUUCCUGCGUCGACGGCAAGUGCAUCUGUCCGGAAGGCUACUCGGGAGACGACUGCUCUGUGCACGCCUGCCCAGGUGACUGCAACAACAGGGGACACUGUAUCAAUGGAAAGUGCACGUGUGAGGCUGGAUAUGAAGGGGAAAGCUGUGCAGACCUUAGCUGCCCCAACAACUGCCAGGACAAAGGCCACUGUGAGAACGGACAGUGCGUAUGCGAUGAGGGAUACAUCGGAGAAGACUGCUCAGAAGUGUCUUCUCCGAAGGACCUUACUUUAGGCGAGGUCACCCCUGACACGGUGGACCUGAACUGGGAAAACGAGAUGCUGGUAACAGAGUACCUUGUGACGUAUGUGCCCACCAGAACUGGUGGUCUUCAACAAGAGUUCAUUGUGCCAGGAGACAAAACUGCUGCCACCGUCAAAGAGCUUGAGCCUGGCAUCGAGUAUCUGAUCAGUGUCUACGCUGUUCUAAGCAACAAGAAGAGCAUCCCCGUCAGUGCGCGGGUGGCAACAGCACUUCCACAGCCAGAGGGUUUAAUCUUCAAAUCAGUGAGAGAGAGCUCUGUGGAGGUGAUGUGGGACCAGGUGGACAUCUCCUUUGAUGGCUGGGAGAUCUAUUUCCGCAAUACGAAAGAAGAAAAUGGAAAAAUCGUGAGCACCCUUCCACCUGAUCAAAACCAGUUUAUCCAGUCAGGACUUGGACCAGGACAGGAGUAUGAAGUCUCUGUUAACAUCAUCAAGAACAACACAAGAGGACCCCAGACAAUUGAAAAAGUCAUGACCAAGAUUGACGGCCCCCGGCAGGUGGAGGUGAAGGACGUGACGGACUCCUCUGCUCUGGUCAGCUGGUCUCUGCCGGUGGCUCCGAUGGACAGACUCACCUUGGCCUACAGGCCUAGCUCUGAGCCUUCACAAGAAGCCAUAGUGGGGGUUUCCAUCCCGGAGACUCAGUACAGCAUUGACAGCCUGAAGCCAGACACCGAGUACACCGUGUCGCUCAUCUCCAGGCGCACAGACGUCUCCAGUGACCCUGUCAUUGCCACGUUCACUACAGCCCUGGAUGCACCCAAGGACCUGAAGGCCGUGUCACAGACAGACGAGAGCAUCACCCUGCAGUGGACCAACAGUCAGGCUGAUGUUGGCAACUAUCUGGUGAAAUACACUCCCCUCUCUGGAGCCACUCAUGGGGAGGAACUGUUUCCUCGAGGGCCAGGAGACACCACAAAAGCUACUAUCACUGGGCUGAAGCCAGGGACGGAGUAUGGGAUUGGUGUGACGGCGGUGAAGAAUGACAGAGAGAGCUUCCCUGCUACUACAAAUGCAGCAACUGAUAUCGAUCCUCCCAGAGAUUUCAAAGAAAUUGAGUCAACAGAGACCUCCCUCACGCUGAGCUGGCAGAAACCUCAGGCCAAGGUCGGUGCCUACAGUCUGGUGUACGUCUCCAGGGAUGGAGAGGUGGAGCAGGUGGAGAUCCCGCCCACUGAGACCAGCCAUGUCUUGUACAACCUGAUUCCUGGAAUGAGCUACACCGUCACUUUAGCUGCUGAGAGGGGGCUCAAGAGGAGCACACCGGUCACAUUAUCUGCAACCACAGCCACUUUUACAUUUUAUUUAGCAGACUCAGACGACCGUGAUCUAAUGACUCCUUCAGGCUCGGAGGACAAUGUCAUUAGCUUUGUGCAUUUAGAUCCCUCAGAGUCCCAGUUUUCAGUUGAGACGGAGCCCGAGGAGGAGCAUGGGAAGUUGACUAUCUCGGGCAUCACGCCUGACGGAUUUGACCUCUCUUGGGAACUGAAGGCUCAUAGUGUCUAUGAUAGUUUGGCAGUAGAAUAUAAAGACACUCAGCGGUUAUGGGAUGUGAGAGAAGUCCAACUUCCCGGAGAUGCCACUGGCUUUAGAAUCGAGGGACUGAAUGCAUCGAAAGAAUAUCAAAUAAAACUUUAUGGAAAUAUCAAUAGCCAAAGAUCUUCGCUACUUGAAGCUGUUGCAGUCACAGCACCCAAACCUACCUCUCCAGAUGUUCUUAUGAUGAGCGUGAAAGAUGCUCCAACAACUGCUCUGGAUACUGAAGCAGUUCGAAACCCAGAUCCCCUCCGUCCCCUAAACACUUCUGAUACUGAAGUGAUGAGUUCUGGGGCUGAGCCUGAGAGCUCCAUCCUGGUAGUAUUGGGAGACCUCACAGUCAAUGUGUCUUCCACCGGCUUAAGCCUGGCGUGGUCGGCGCCUGACAAGGCUUUUGAAAGCUUUUUGGUGGAGCUCAGAGCUCCAUCAGGGCCAACAGAGGCUCAUGUAACCACACUUCCAGGAGGUGUGAGAAAGGCUGAAAUAGAGGGAUUGUCCCCCUCCACAAAAUAUAAUAUUACAGUUCAAGGGCUGGUGGAAGGGAAGCGGUCUUUACCUCUCACAGUUUUUGCUACUACAGAGGAGCUGAAGCCCAUGGUGGGGAACCUCACCAUCUCUGACAUUACAUGGGACGGCUUCACUGCGUCCUGGAGCCCCAUGGGUGGGGAAUUUGAAAGCUUUGUCAUUGAGGUAACAAACUUGGAUAAUUUCAAAGAGAGCCAGAACCUCAGUCUGUCCGGAGAUGCUUUCAGCCUGGGCCUCUCCGGACUCAACCCCAACACCAGCUACAUGGUUGGCCUGUUUGGGAUGUAUCAGGGCUCCUUCCUGGAACCCGUGUACACUGAAGCCACCACAGUGCAUCUACCAGUGCUUGGAGAACUUUAUAUCUCUAACUUAACGUCAGAGAGCUUUUCAAUCUCCUGGAACGGCACUGAUGGCAAAUUUGAUGGUUAUAUCCUGGAGAUAAUUGAUUCUGAUUGGCUAACGGAGCCAAAGGAAUAUAACAUUUCCCACAAUGCAAAGUCCCAUGACGUCAAAGGGCUCAGGCCCACCACUGACUAUGUAGCCUACUUCUAUGGGACAUACAAGGGAUCCCGAACAAGUGCUGUCAGUAUUGUUGCAUCAACAGCUGAAGAGCCUGAUUUGUCCAAGCUAGUUGUUUCAAACAUUACCUCAGACAGAUUUUCUCUGUCGUGGCGGACAGGAGAGAAGGCUUUUGAUAACUUUAUAGUAGAAGUCAGAGAGUCUGCUUUGCCCUCGCAGGCAAUGGGGCGCGCUCUGCCCAGAGACGUGCACUCCACAGUCAUGGCCGGGCUCAAAGCCAGCACAAGCUACAACAUAAAGCUGUACGCCAGCGCUGGUGGCCAGAACACACAGCCCCUGUUUGAAGUAGCUACAACAGAGGACGUCCCACUGUUGGGGCCCCUAGCUGCUUCAUCCGUGAGCCCACAUAACCUCAGCCUGUCCUGGAGCACUGUGUCAGGUCACUUUGAUGGCUUUGUUAUCCGGGUCAGUGACCCUGAGCAGCAGUCUGAUACACUGGAGUUCAGACUGCCUCGUGACGCCCGUAACUUAACGGUCUCUAGCCUGAUGGAUGCCACAGGCUAUGAUAUUGAACUGUAUGGUAUCUCUCAUGGGCGCCAAACUGCCACUGUAUUAACCCACGCCGUCACAGCGCCUUUGCCUGGAGUGGAAAACUUGAGCAUUUCCAGAAUCACCCCCUUCGGCUUCCGUGUGUCGUGGGAGGUGAAGCAGCAGGAGGCUUUAGCCCCCUCUAGUGGCGGCUUCAGGCAUUUUCAAAUAGUGGUGACAGACUCCGGCUGGCUGCUGGAGCCUCAGGAGUUCACUGUGCCGGGAAACCAAAGUGACCUGGACAUCUGGGGCCUCAUCACCGGCAUAGGCUAUGAGGUCAGGCUGACCGGGGUGUCAGAGUCAGGGCUCCUCUCUCGGCCUCUCACUACAGUGGCUGUGACAGAGGCUGAGCCGGAGGUGGAGCAUCUUUUUGUGUCGGACGCCACGGCUGAAGGUUUUCGUCUGUCAUGGACGUCUGAUGAAGACUUGUUUGACAGAUUUGUGAUCAAAAUAAGAGACAGUAAAAGACUAGCCCACCCUCACGAGUACAGUGUCCGCGGUGAUGAAAGGACCAAGGUUUUAACUGGACUCAUGAGUGGCACCGAGUAUGAAAUAGAGCUUUCCGGUGUCACAUUGGAUCGACGCUCACAACCUAUUUUCGGGGUUGCUCAGACAGGCCUCAGUACUCCAAAUGGACUGAGCUUUUCUGAAGUGAUAGACUCCUCAGCUGUGGUCCACUGGUCCAUGCCUCGCUUUCCAGUGGAUAACUACAGAAUCACCUACGUGCCCUUUGAAGGAGGAAGCCCGCUGAUGGUGACUGUGGAUGGCGACGUGUUCGAGGCUCUGCUGCCCAAUAUGAGCCCAGGCAGAAAGUACCAGGUGACUGUGAGUGCUAUGAAGGGCCUGGAGGAAAGUGACCCCAACACUGACACUGUAAUCACAGCGCUGGACAGACCUCAGGGCCUGACUGCAGCUAAUGUCACUGACACGUCCGCCCUGCUGCUAUGGCAACCGUCUGUCGCCACUGUGGAUGGCUACAUCAUUACUUACAGUGCUGACUCGGUGUCCCCCGUGGUGGAGCAUGUUUCUGGGAACACGGUGGAGUUUGAGAUGGGCUCUCUGGUUCCUGCAACCCACUACACAGUUGGAGUUCACGCUAUGAGAGACGCUCAGAAGAGUGACUCUGCUGACACUGAAUUCACCACCGAUGUGGAUCCUCCUCAUGAUCUGAGGGCUAUUAACGUCCAAACUGACGGUGCGACUCUCACAUGGAAACCUCCGCAGGCGGCAGUGACUGGUUACAUUCUCACCUUUGACUCUGCUGAUGGAGUAAUCAGGGAAGUGGUGCUAAGCCCGACAGCGUCCUCUUAUAACAUGGCUCAGCUCACCGACUCCACAGAGUACAAUGUGAAACUCCAGGCCAUCGCUGGACCCCAGAGGAGUCGUCAUGUGACCACCGUCUUCACUACCAUUGGACAGUUGUACAGACACGCUAAAGACUGCGCUGAGAUUUUACUGAACGGAGAGACGACCUCUGGGCUUUACACCAUCAGCGUGGGAGGAGAGGAGAGCCAGCCCAUCCAGGUCUACUGUGACAUGACCACAGACGGAGGAGGCUGGAUGGUUUUCCUCAGACGGCAGAAUGGAAAGCUGGAGUUCUUCAGGAACUGGAAGAACUACACUGCUGGCUUUGGAAACAUGAGCGAUGAGUUCUGGCUGGGUCUUUCCAACCUUCAUAAAAUCACAAAUUCUGGCCAUUAUGAUCUGCGAGUGGACAUGAGGGAUGAAGGAGAAUCGGCCUACGCUCAGUACGACAAGUUCACGAUUGCAGAACCAAGAACCCGCUACAAAGUCUACAUGGGAGCGUACAGUGGAACAGCAGGGGACUCCAUGACGUACCACCAGGGUCGACCUUUCUCCACCUACGACAACGAUAACGAUAUUGCUGUCACCAACUGCGCCUUGUCCUACAAAGGAGCCUUUUGGUAUAAAAACUGUCAUCGUGUCAACCUCAUGGGGAAAUAUGGGGAUCUCAGUCACAGUAAGGGGAUCAACUGGUUCCACUGGAAGGGCCACGAACACUCAAUUGAAUUUGCAGAGAUGAAGAUUAGGCCGAAUAACUUCAGAAAUGUGGAGAACAGAAAAAAACGAUCAUAGACUUGUGUGAACCCCCUCCUCAUCUACACCCCAUCAGUCAUAAAUACAAAUGUUUAAUAAAAUACUCACGAAACAAAAGACAAUCACACUGAAUGUAAUUGCAUUUUGGCUGUGAGACAUGAACAUGGCAACAUUUCCACCAAAGAAGCAAACAGUGUUUUGUACAGCCAUCCCAGACUGGCACUGUUGGUAUGUGUGGUUAUAGAUAUUUGAAGGCAGCGCUAAGUCUGAUGAGCGUGAAUGGACAUGCACCAUGUGUUAUUUGGAUAAACAUCUGUAGUGAGGAAUUCAUUGUAAAAGUGUGUAAAUUCAUCCACUGAUCAGCAACAUGUCAAAGGCACAUAGUCAGAAUCACACCCCACAAGACAUUAUGUAUAAAUGUUGAAUCAGUUAAAUCCCUCUGUCAGAUAUUGACCAGGAUAAAUGAAGACAAUGAUACAUCAUAUUUAAUAUACUGAAAAAUAAACGUAUGUAUUUAAUGUAAAACCAACAGACCGUUUGGAGACCACUAACGUCACUACAUUCAUAUUUAAAUGUUUAAAGAAAGAUGCUCUGUAACCUUCAAUAAAAAUAAAAAUGAUAGUUUGAUAAAAGUC